AUGGUGAAGUACUCAAGGGAGCCGGACAAUCCUACCAAGUCUUGCAAGGCUAGAGGCGCGGACCUUAGGGUUCAUUUCAAGAAUACUAGGGAAACUGCCUUUGCAAUCAGGAAGUUGCCCUUGGUUAAGGCUAAAAGGUACUUGGAAGAUGUUCUUGCCCACAAACAGGCCAUUCCAUUCAGACGAUUUUGCCGUGGUGUUGGAAGGACAGCUCAAGCCAAGAAUAGACACUCUAAUGGCCAAGGAAGGUGGCCUGUUAAAUCAGCCAAAUUCAUCCUUGAUUUGCUUAAGAAUGCCGAGAGCAAUGCUGAAGUGAAAGGUUUGGAUGUUGAUGUGCUAUACAUUUCCCAUAUCCAAGUCAAUCAAGCACAGAAGCAAAGGCGUCGAACGUAUCGAGCUCAUGGAAGAAUCAAUCCUUAUAUGUCAUCACCGUGCCACAUAGAGUUGAUAUUGUCGGAAAGGGACGAGCCUGUUAGGAAGGAGCCCGAGACAAAGUUGACCACAAGCAAGAAGUCCCAAGCUCUUCGAAGUGGUGCCUCUUCUUAG